AUGCUUCUUGUUGACUUUUAUCGAGUUGCGAGUAGUUCGGUGCUGACCCGGGAAGUCCAACCUGCCACUAUGUUCGAGAUUUCAAAUGAUUGCCUAUUCUCAAUUAUUGCCAGUAAUCGAAUCAAAGGGUUGGUCUGGCUACUGGUCACCUCCCUUUCUGUGGGGCAGGACAUGGUACCUCACUCGAGGGCAUUUUUGCCGUCUAUACCCUUCUGUGUGGUCACCAGGGGUUACGAUAUUCGUCCUGUUCCUCAAUUACCGAACUUGAAGGACAUGAAG